AUGGCUGUGUUCAAUGAUCUAUUCUCCACCACCCCUCACUACAGAUUCCUCACCACGCACACGACAGAUUCCCCACCACGCCCAACGACAGAUUCCUCACCACGCCUCACGACAGAUUCCCCACCAACCCCCCCCACCACAGAUUCCUCACCACGCCUCACGACAGAUUCCCCGCCACGCCUCACGACAGAUUCCCCACCACGCCCCACUAUAGAUUCCUCACCACGCCCCACGACAGAUUCCUCACCACGCCUCACGACAGAUUCCUUACCACGCCUCACGAAAGAUUCCCCACCACGCCUCACGACAGAUUCCCCACCACCUCCCCCCACCACAGAUUCCUCACCACGCCUCACGACAGAUUCCCCACCACGCCCAACGACAGAUUCCCCACCACGCCCCACGACAGAUUCCCAAACACGCCUCACGACAGAUUCCCCACCACCCAUCACUACAGAUUCCCCACCACCCUCACGACAGAUUCUCCACCACCCCUCACGACAGAUUCCCCACCACAUUCCCCACCACCCUCACGACAGAUUCUCCACCACCCAUCACGACAGAUUCCCCACCACGCCUCACGACAGAUUCCCCACCACGCCCCACGACAGAUUCCUCACCACGCCCAACGACAUAUUCCUCACCACUCCCCACGACAGAUUCUCCACCACCCCUCACGACAGAUUCCCCACCACGCCUAACGACAGAUUCUCCACCACCCAUCACUACAGAUUCCCAACCACCCCUCACGACAGAUUCCCCACCACGCUCCACGACAGAUUCCUCACCACCCCUCACGACAGAUUCCCCACCACGCCUCACGACAGAUUCUCCACCACCCCUCACUACAGAUUCCUGACCACGCCCCACAACAGAUUCCCCACCACACCCGACGACAGAUUCCUCACCACGCCUCACGACAGAUUCUCCACCACGCCUCACGACAGAUUCCCCACCACGCCCCACGACAGAUUCCAAACCACUCCUCACUACAGAUUCUCCACCACGCCUCACGACAGAUUCUCCACCACGCCUCACGACAGAUUCCCCACCACGCCCCACGACAGAUUCCAAACCACUCCUCACUACAGAUUCUCCACCACGCCUCACGACAGAUUCUCCACCACGCCUCACGACAGAUUCCCCACCACGUCUCACGACAGAUUCCCCACCACACCCCACGACAGAUUCCUCACCACGCCUCACGACAGAUUCCCCACCACGCCUCACGACAGAGUCUCCACCACCACUCACUACAGAUUCCUGACCACGCCCCACGACAGAUUCCCCACCACACCCGACGACAGAUUCCUCACCACGCCUCACGACAGAUUCUCCCCCACCCCUCACGACAGAUUCCUCACCACCCCUCACGACAGAUUCCCCACAACGCCGCACGACAGAUACCCCACCACGCCCAACGACAGAUACCCCACCACGCCCAACGACAGAUUCCCCACCGCGCCCGUUGACAGAUUCCCCACCACGCUCCACGACAGAUUCCUCACCACCCCUCACGACAGAUUCCCCACAGCGCCUCACGACAGAUCCCCAACCACCCCUCACGACAGAUUACCCACCACGCCCAACGACAGAUCCCCCACCACGCCUCACGACGGAUAG